AUGGGCUCGUCGGCGGCGGCGGCGGCGGCGGCGGCGGCCGCAGACUCGGCGCAGUGGCUCUCGGUGAAGGAGGAGACCAUCUUUCUGCACGACGGGCUGAUCCGGGUCACCGACCUGGCGGAGCUGCCCAGCGAGAUCCUCGGGGCCCCGGAGGCCGCCGACACCGACCUGGAGAUUUUAACAUUUGAGACCAAGAACCCAACAGAAUUAGCAGAACGCUUGCGCUCUGUUUGUGGGAAUCAGAGCAACGCCUAUGCCCGCUUGCUGGAAUACCGCCUGAAUGCCUUGCGAGGACUGUGGAAUGCCCAGCGCCAGUUGGCCUUGGAAGAGCAGCAUGAAAGGGAAAGUUCGGGGGAUGAAGAAACACUGGCCCUCCUCAAACGCCAGGGCUUGUUGCAGCAGCCCGAGCAAGCGCCCUUCACCUCACGGAUGGGGCUCCUGCUGGUCUUUCCCCUCAUUCAGUCCCAGAGUAGAACAGACCCCUCUCUCUGUAACAUAACUGCUGAGGUGCUAUUGAACUGCCUUCGUGACUGUCAGCCCUUGAGCUUGACCAAGGAGCCUGCUGACUGCCUCAAUGGAAUUGAAACUUUGCUGUGCUCUUGGCUAGAGGAGACUUCUGACACAGGCCAACACAUCCCACAUAAACAAAAGGAAAAUGCCGCUGCUGCCCUGGUGGCUUUGGCAUGUGCCAGGGGAUCGUUGAAAACUUUUGUUCAUACAGUUCAUCUAUUACAGAAACAGACUGACCUAGGGUCCCUGCCUGUAGCUGAUGUACUAUAUAGGCUACUGCUUUUGGAGGGGGGACCUGGAUCACCUUCCUGUUUGCUUGGUGGCAAACACAUAGUAUCAUGGGGGUAUGAAGACAUGUUGCCGGCACCAGAUAGCAACACUGGCUCCAGUUCUGAAAAUAAAGAUGCUGACCUGGGACGCUGUCUCACGGCAGACGGCCUUUACCUGUACACGACUAACUCAGUUGGAAGAGGAGUAAGCAAAUUGGGAUCUGGAUUACAUGGUACACUCAGAGGUUUUGUGUACUGCCGGAACGAGGAGCUGGAGCCGGGCUGGGUUGCUUUUGGCAGCGGCAGUCUUCUCCACCGGCCUGUAUCGUUUGAUAAUAAGCCUCACUCCCUUUUCCAGGUCAUUGACCAGAAUACUCUUCAGAUUGAAAAUGGUGUAUUUGUAGCCAGCCCUCUUCAGGAACGCACAAUUCUGAUGAGAAAAGAAGGAGAGUCUGCCAAGAGCAUUAAUGAGAUGCUUCUGAGCAGACUCUCACGGUAUCGAGCUUCCCCCUCCGCCACGCUGGCUGCCCUGACUGGCUCCACCAUCUCCAACACUCUGAAGGAGGAUCAGGCAGCGAACACUAGCUGUGGGCUGCCCCUAAAAAUGCUGCGGAAGACACCCAUCUACACCUGUGGCACAUACUUGGUGAUGCUGGUCCCACCCCCGGGGGGAUCGGGCAGCUCUGCCACCCGCUCGCUUUUUGGUGGAACAAGUGGUUUAUCAUCUUUAAAAAUUCUAGCCUCUAGCUUGGUGUAUAAUAUCUCGGAUGGUCAGUUUACAAGUCGUGCUGAUCUCAUCGACGCUGCUGGAAGCUCACUUGGACGUGGUGCUCUUGUCCCGGGAUUGGGUGCCUGUUACGAUACGGUGAACAACAUGCUAUGGACGUGCUCGAAUGACUACAUUGAUCAGUGGUGUAAUCCUGGGAAUCAAGCCUUCCAUUAUGUCUGCCAGAGACUUGGAGUAAGCCACAUCAUCACUGAGCCCAAAGAAGAGGCUAUAACCACAAACGAGGUUAUAAACCAGUUACUGCACCAUGUUGGUGCGAUGUGCAUACACCAACUCAAUCUUCUUGCUACCAACCCCAGCCUUCCUCUCACAAGUGUCUUGGGCAAGCAGCAUCCAAUCGAAGCCCACCAUCUCAGCAGUAUUUGUGACAUAAUGGAAAAGGCCAUGGUUAAUGGAGAUGCCUGCAUUAUACGCUGCAUUCUUGUGGUCUUCCAGGUGGUGUUUAAGUUUUUCUUCAGCCCACAAACUGAAAGGAGUCGCGACAUCAUUCGACGGUCGGGAUUGCUUCUUUGGCAGCUGUUGAUGGCACCAAAGGAUCAGAUUUGCCCUGAGAUUCAGAAGGAAGUCUGCCUUGCCAUCAGCUCUGGUUUAAAUAUCUUAUACCCAGGUGAAAUGGAAAUCAAUAACUUACUCAAGCUGGUCUUAACAGAAGGAGAGAGAAACAGUGGACUCUCCCAGCUCCGGGAUGUGAUCCUAACCAACUUAGCGGAACAGCUUCAGAACAACAGAUUUGGCAGUGAUGAGGAUGAUCAUUACAGACUAAAUGAUGAACUCUUACACUACAUUCUGAAGAUUGUUGUUCGAGAAUCCUGCAUCUUAAUCACCAAGUGCCAAACUGUCUCUAAAGAUGAUUUUCAAAAGCUCCUUUCAACUGUGCCUGCUGCAUCCUCCUGCCUGCGCUAUCUGAUGGCAGUUCAGAACCACCUUCUCAGUAACACUAUUUUGAUUAAACCUGAUGAGAACGAUGACAGUGACACCUCCUUGCAGGGAGAGACAUUGAAGGUACAGGAGCUAAAGGUCAGUAUUUUGGCUCUUGCCACCCAAAUCCUGACUGGAUGUGAUGAAGUGCUGGAAAUGCUACAGCAGGUCACAACUGCCCUCAUCAAUAGUGACAUAGCGGACUGCGAGCAGAGGUUAAAAGGCUUGGAGCAAGUUACUAAGGCUACUAUGCUCGGUCACCUUCUUCCAGUGUUACUGACCUCCCUGAUGCAUCCAAACUUACAGACUCUGACCAUGGCCGAUGCCCUGAUGCCUCAGCUAGUGCAGCUGGUGCUCUAUACCAGUCAGACGGCUUUGCUGCUUAAAACCCAGUCUCCGGUGUUUGCUGAGGCGGGCUGUUCCCCGUGUGGCGCGUCUGACCAGAAGGGCAGGCUGCUGUUCCCUGAUGACAGAAUGCUAGAAGAAAAGGAGGAGCCAGGCUUUCUCACGGGCUUAAAGAUUCCCGCCCCAUGGGCUGCUGGGAAGACUGUGGAAACAGUGCACCCUGUCAGAGACAACUAUAAAUUUAAAGAAACUGUCCAUAUCCCUGGAGCUCGCUGCCUGUAUCUCAGAUUUGACAGCAGAUGCUCUUCACAGUACGACUACGACAAAUUGGUGAUAUACGCGGGGCCUAACACAAACAGUAGGAAGGUUGCUGAAUAUGGAGGCAACACACUGGGAUACGGCAGCCGUAGUGUCUUAGGAACUGGCUGGCCGAAAGACUUGGUGAAGUGCCUUUCUCCCCCCUCCCCCUUAAAUUUUAAGGUGGAAGGAGAUACAGUCACCUUCUCCUUUGAAAUGAGAAGUGGCCGUGAACACAACACUCCUGAUAAAGCUAUGUGGGGCUUUGCUUGCACAGUUCGCGCUCAGGAAUCUUCGGAGGAUGUCUCGGGAGGCUUGCCCUUUCUGGUAGACCUGGCUCUUGGUCUGUCUGUAUUAGCUUGUUCCAUGUUAAGAAUCCUGUACAAUGGACCAGAAAUUACCAAAGAAGAAGAAGCCUGUCAGGAGCUACUGCGGUCCAAACUUUUACAAAGGUGCCAGUGGCAGGUGGAGGCCAAUGGAGUGAUCUCCCCUGCCCUUACGCCCAGCCCCUCACCAUUGCCUCUGACCAUAGAGGAAGACAGAGAAUUCACCUACCCCUCCGAUGUCCUCGUUCCUCCCGUGGGAAACUAUUUUGAUCUGCCCCGGAUCAGGCUGCCUCCAGGAAUCAUGAUAAAGCUCAGGGAAAUUUCUGGGCGUGCUAGACCUCAGUUUAGACCAAGUAUAAAGGAAGUGAUUCAGCCAGAUGUGAUGGAGGAAAUGGUGGUGUCUUGUGUUAUUAAGCACUUGAACUUGGUGGAUGCAUUGCAGUCCCUAAUAAAUUUCCAAUACCAAGAAGAACAUGCUGAGGAAUAUGAUUUAUUGUGUAAAAUUAUGGGAGAGACCUUUAAAAAACUCAAUGCCAUGCAGAGACAGCUGCAAAGUGUUGCAGAAUUGGAACAGAAAUGGCAAAGUGAGGUUGAUGAUGCCAUGCAGGGGAAACUGGAGAACAACAUGCCUUUCUUUUAUGAUUACCAUUUUAAUGAGAACAAAAUGAAAGAACUAGAACUUUUGUGUUCCAUGAAGGACGUCUCCUUUGAUGGAAAUGAUCUUGAAAACAUGGUCCUUUCACUGAGGGAAAAGUUCCUACAAGAAGUGAAUUCUCUUCUUCCAAAGCCCUCACACCCACUGGCUAAAACGAAGACAUUAGUGAAGAGUCUCAUGAACCGAGCCGAGCUGUUGCUGCAUGUUACCAUUGCGGCCCAGUCAGGCCUCACAAGAAGCAUCUCUGGGACGCCUGCGGAAACCCCAGCUUGUAAAUCAGCUUCUGAAACAAAGGUGAUCUCUCAUGCUGUCCGGCAGCCUGUCUUUCUUCGCAGCAUGUCAGCUCCUUCUGAUUUGGAAAUGAUUGGUAAUGAGGACUUGGAAUUUACCAGAGCAAAUCAGAGGCGGCGCCACGUGACCAGCCACCGCAGUAGCUCGUUUACACUCCUGCAGUCGUUGGCCAUCGAGGACAGCAGGGACAAGCCCACCUACAGCGUUCUGCUGGGGCAGCUGUUUGCUUUCAUUGGCACCAACCCUGACCAAGCCGUGUCCAGCAGCAGCUUUCUUUUAGCUGCGCAGACAAGGUGGCGGCGAGGCAACACUCGCAAGCAGGCCCUGGUGCACAUGCGGGAAUUGCUGACGGCUGCUGUGCGGGUCGGGGGGGUGACACAUCUUGUGGGCCCAGUGACGAUGGUCCUGCAAGGAGGACCCAGAAUUGAAGAGCUCACCUGCGGUGGGAUGGUUGAGCAGGUCCAGGAAGCCUUCGGAGAGACCAUGACCUCUGUAGUGUCUUUGUGUGCUCGUUACCCUAUUGCGUGUGCAAAUAGCAUCGGGCUCUUAUGUACCAUACCUUACACCAGGAGUGAAGAGAAAUGCCUUGUCCGCAGUGGUCUUGUCCAGCUCAUGGACCGACUUUGUAGCUUGAGCAGUCAGACUGAGUCCAGCUCCAGUGAGAAACAAACCAAGAAACAGAAGGUGGCCACCAUGGCCUGGGCAGCCUUCCAGGUGCUUGCCAACCGCUGUGUGGAGUGGGAAAAGGAAGAAGGGGGCUCCACAGAGGCCGUGCACUCUGGGCUGGCUCGCCAGGUGUCCAGCCUGCUUACCAACCAUCUUGCUCGAGCCACUGAGUGCUGCGGCAACCAGGCUGCUGGGAACGAUGCCCUCCAGGAUGUCCUGAGUCUUCUCAAUGAUCUCUCCAGGAGUCACAUUGGUAAAGCCAUCCUGAGCCAGCCCGCUUGUGUGUCCAAACUCCUCUCCCUGCUGCUUGACCAACGCCCAUCUCCGAAGCUGGUCCUCAUCAUUCUUCAGCUGUGCCGGGCAGCACUCCCGCUGAUGAGCGUGGAAGACUGUGGAAACGUGGAGCUCCCACCAUGGAGUUACUCUGUCCCCUCCUUAAACAGUGAGCAGGAGGAUCCCAGCGACCCAGCUUCCAAGAUCGCAUCAUUGCUCUUGGCAAAACUGGCAGAUUAUGUGGUCCCAGGAUGUCAGACAGUUCUUUCUCCUACUGCUUCUGAACCCGACACCACAUUGACAAAAACCAGUCCCAAGAGCUCCUUAAAGGGAGAUAAAGACCCUGGAGAAGAGAGUGAAGCAGUGGACGGCAAGCUCUCUAUAUUUAUCCACAAGCGGGGAGACCAGUCAUCCCAUGAAGUCCUCCAGCCGUUACUAAGUAGCUCAGAAGGACGGCCCUUCCGGCUUGGUACUGGUGCCAACAUGGAGAAAGUCGUGAAAAUGGAUCGCGACAUGACCAAGGGUGGCUGUUGUGAAGUGAUUACGGAAGAGGCCGUAGCUGCUCUGCGGAAGGCAACCAAGUGGGCACAGUCAGGCCUCAUCGUCAGUGUUGGGCCACCUGUAGAGUCAGUCAACCCCGAGACUGUGAGUGGACUGUCCACAGGGGACAAAAAGAAGACUGCCCAAACCUCCAUUUGCCGCGAGAGGAACUCUGAGCUUGCGAGGACUGAUCCCGUGAGACCUUUCAUCAGUGGGCAUGUGGCAAACAGCAUGGCUGCCGAAGUGAUCGCCUUGCUUCACAGCUUAUUGAUGGCCCCUGAGUCCAGCGCUGCCCAGAUAUGGACCACGACAGCAGAAAAGGUCCUGUCUCGUGCACUGAUGUACAUACCACAGUUGGGGAAGUAUGCCGAAAGCAUCUUGGAAAACGGGAGCAGCAGUGGCAGAAAACUUGCCAAACUUCAGAGAAUUGCCCGGCAGGCUGUAGCAGCACUGUGCGCCCUUGGAGGCUUCAAAGAGACAAUCAAGAUAGGGUCUGAGGUUCAGGUUUUAGGUAGAGGAAUAUCAGGAAGCAUCGGUGUGGUGGCUUCUAUCAAUGAACAGGAAGGUAUAGCUACAGUCAGAUUCCCACCCAUAGACUGUAGAAAGACUUCGCAAGCAGCAGACACACUGACUAUUCCAUUGUCUAGACUUUGUGUUCCAAGGUCAGAGGCAUUGCCUCUUCAUAAACUGUCCAUUACUGAGAAGGUAGUACAGGCAGUCCAGUCCAUGUUGCUUCCUCAGGAGGGAAGUCUCUCUAUUCAUACCUCACUUCCUGCAACAGGAGAUGGCUCAGCUCCUGUGAUGGCAGUCGUUCGGCUCCUGGCAGAAAUACGAACAAGAGCAUGCCUGGUCAUGGCCCAGCUUCUGGAAGACAGCUUGUUUUGUGAAGAGUUCAUACAGCAGUGUCCAGCAGCUGUUGAAGUUCUUAACCUCGUAGCCCAGGAGUGCAGUGCAGGAGAGCGACUUGCAGUUGUGGAAGUGCAGUGUGAACGGCUCCGGAUGCUCUAUCGGGACUGUGCUCGGCCCCCGCCACCCCCGCUGCAGGCCGACCGGCGGCAGCCCAAAGAGAUUACUUGGAGCCCUUCGCGAGUGUUUCCACCUGUUCGAGCCUGCAUGUUCUCAUCUCACCUCACCUCAGUCACCUUCCUGGCUGACCCCAGCGCUGGGGGAGGCCUGCCCCGGGGCACUUUUAUCUAUGCCACCUCACCACUGCCAGUUCAGGCCCCAUCUUUUUACUGGGAAAUUGAAAUCGUUUCCUAUGGAGAUACUGAUGACGACACGGGACCAAUCGUUUCCUUUGGCUUUGCGACAGAAGCAGAGAAACGAGAUGGGGCUUGGACUAAUCCAGUGGGCACCUGUCUUUUCCAUAACAAUGGCCGAGCUGUACACUACAACGGCUCCAGUUUAUUACAGUGGAAGAGCGUUCGUUUAGACGUGACUCUCUCUCCUGGAUCUGGCCCUGUACUGCACCUCUGCGGCAGUCUUGUAUCACUCUCUGUGUUGAGUGAAGUAAUUGAAGAUGCCAGUAAUAACACCAAAACUCGGGCUAACUUUGGCUCCCGCCCUUUUGCUUAUGCAGAAGGGCAGGCCCACCGCAAUGCCGCCGACCUGUGCACUGACCUGGCAGAAGAGAUCAGUGCUAACUUUGAGGCCCUGCCCUUUGCCAUGGCAUCUGACAGUGACAAUGAUGCUGGCACCAGUAUUGCAUCAGACCCAGGCACUCAUGGGCCACCAUGCCGAAUCGCUGCUGUGGCCACCGCUCAGCAGCAGUAUGACAGUGACACUUCCUGUCAUUAUAAAGUGGAGCUCAGCUAUGAGAAUUUCAUAACCUCUGGCCCAGACCCCCACCCACCCCCCAUUGCAGAUGACGAAAGUGAUGAUGAUGACGAUGAUGACGUUCCGCAGGAGGACCACUAUGCCCUGCUGGUGAAGGCAUGGGAGACCAAAGUUUUUCCUACUAUCCGAAGACGCUUCCGCAAUGAAGCUGAGCGGAAGUCAGGCCUGGACCAGAUCAAGGGUGCUUUACAACUAGGCAUGGUGGAUAUUGCCAGGCAGACGGUUGAAUUCCUCUACGAGGAGAAUGGUGGAAUCCCAAGAGACCUUUAUCUCCCCACCAUUGAAGACAUCAAAGACGAAGCAAACAAGUUCACAAUUGAUAAAGUCCGAAAAGGUCUCACUGUGGUAACCCGCUCUCCAGACAGCAAUAACGUAGCCAGCAGUGCAGUUGGAACUGCUCUGCCAAAAUUUGCCAUCCGCGGGAUGCUGAAGACCUUCGGGCUUCAUGGGGUCGUGCUGGAUGUUGAUUCAGUGAAUGAAUUAGUGCAGGUGGAGACAUACCUCCGAAGUGAAGGUGUGCUGGUCCGAUACUGGUAUCCUAUUGAUAUGUUGGAAAGGCCCCCAGCCGGCUACCGAAGGACUGCCACUAAUGGGCUGGUCACACUGGACAAUACCAACCUUCAAAUCCACAGAGAGCUGCUGCGCUGUGAGGCGGCCCUGGCCAGGCUCUACUGCCGCAUGGCCCUUCUCAGCAUCUUCGCCCCCAAGCUGCCUCACUUGUUUACGCGCCUCUUCCACAUCCCUGCCAUCCGGGACAUCACGCUGGAGCACCUGCAGCUGCUGUCCAGUCAGCUCCUCGCCCCUCCCCUCCCAGAUGGCGCCAUCAGCUCCAGCUCUGUUCUCCUGGCACAGUCUCUGCAGCAUUGUAUCCAUUCCCAGAACUGCUCUGCCACAGACCUCUUCUACCAGGGCAACUCCCAGACGGUGCGCGAGUGGCUCAGCGUGGCCAUCACGCGCACCCUGCACCAGGGCGAGGAGAGCCUCCUGGAGCUGACCAGGCAGAUCUGUGCUUUCCUGCAGACAGCACCGGAGCAGUUCCCCUCUGAAGAAUUUCCCAUUUCUGAGUCCAAAGUCAAUAUGGAUGUUAAUUUCCCCGGGGCAGCUUUUGUCGUCGUAUCUUGUAAAGAAAGUCAGUCUGGAUUCCGCAAAGACUCCUCCCUGUACAAGGCGCCAUGGGCACGGGUGCUCGUGUAUGGCCUGGGCCACAAAGUGAAGCGCAAUGGCCAGCUGAACCUCAUUGAGGCUGUCUGCUACCCCCGGGACGCGUCUCCAGCCAACACGGGGCUCACGCCUCCUCCCACCACCAACCAGUACCCUUCUGUGAUCCUCUCUACAGACAAGGUCCACAUCAAACUGGGGGUGUCUCCACCUCCCGGAGCCAUGCUGGUGUUGCAUUCUCUGCCCCUGGAAUUCCCACUGGCCAUGGCCUUCGCAGAGCAGCUGCUGUCCUGGAGAUCGGAGGACGGUGAAGCAAAGUCUGAAGAUGAGCCUGAUACCAUCCCAACAUCUGUCCUCCUGCAAGUAGUGGAGCUGCUAGGGAACUUCCUGUGGACCACGGACAUGGCAGCCUGUGUGAAGGAGCAGGUGUUCCACCUCCUGGCAGAGCUGCUGCGCACUGUGCACGCCCUGGAGCAGGGGAAGCACCCCGCCGGCCUGUCCUCCUCCAUUGCCCUCCAGCUGAACCCCUGCCUGGCCAUGCUGAUGGCCCUGCAGUCGGAGCUGCACAAGCUAUAUGACGAGGAGGCCCAGAGCUGGGUUUCGGGUGGUACCUGUGGGAGCUCUGGGUCGGCGGUGGCAGCCGACCAGGGCAGGUUCUCAACAUACUUCCACGCACUGAUGGAAGCCUGCCUGGCAGUCGCCGAAGUGACUCUGCCUACCAACAUGAGUGUCACAGCCAGUGGGGUGACCUCAACGACUGCCCCAAACCUUAGUGACUCCUCCUCCUCCUCCUCGUCCUCCCCAGGACAGACGCCCCAGAGCCCCAGCCUCCUGUCCAAGAGAAAAAAGGUCAAGAUGAAACGGGAAAAGGCCUCCUCUUCGGGGAAGCGCUCGUCGUCCCGCUCCAUGGAGUCCGACCCCGCCCUGCUCAGCAUUGGAGGCAGCAAGCCUGAGGACAUGCUGUGGUUCCAUCGGGCACUCACCUUGCUCGUCAUCCUCAGGCACCUCACCAGGAAGGACCCACAGGGGCUGGGCGUGACCAGCGAUGCCAUCGCCGACGCCUGCCAGGCGCUGGUGGGCCCCACGGCCCACAGCCGUUUGCUCGUUAUCUCUGGAAUCCCCACCCACCUGGACGAGGGCAUCGUCAGAGGUGCCAUCCGCAAGGCCUGCAAUGCCCAUGGCGGGGUCUUCAGGGAUGAGAUCUACAUUCCCCUACAGGAAGAAGAGCCCAAGAAGCCGAAAGACAAGGCAGAGGGCGGGGACGGGAAAGCCGAGCCAGAGAAGGUACUCAGCUUCCCUGGCACGGACAGCCUGGAGGGCAGCACGUCCAGCAGCCUGACCCCCGCCAUGAGCAUCAGUGCGUCAGCCUCCACCAGCCAGGCCUCCAUUUGCAGCUCCCAGGGCAUCUCGCAGACGGUCAGUGACCUUUCUGUGGACCCGCUGCCCUCGGGCCUCGAGCUGCCCCUGCCACCUGGCUUGUUGGAGCCCCAAGUGGUGUCCAGCCAGGAGAGCCUGGACAUUUCCCUGUGCAGCACUGGCAGCCUCGGAAGCCUGGGGAGCCUGGGGGAGCCUCUGGAUAACGCAGAGACAGCCUCGGUGUCAGAUGUGGGUUCCAUGUACACAGUCACAUCCCUGGACAACCAGCCUGUCCCGGCUCGUCCCAUCAAAGGCUUUGCAGUUGUGGAGAUAAGAUCCCGAGCCAAAAUUGAGAAAAUCCGAGCAAGUUUAUUUAACAAUAAUGAUUUGAUUGGUUUGUCAAGUUUGGACGGUGAAGAUGAAUUGAUGGAAAUGUCCACAGAAGAGAUUUUAACUGUAUCUGUAGUCAAUCAAAGUCUGUUUGAUACGCAAGGAAGCCCAGGCUUAGAAGAUUAUUUCAAUGAUAAGUCGAUUAAAGGUGAGAAGCUGGUGCCCGGGGCCAGAGAGGUUCUGACGGAAAUAUUUAAGAGCUGUGCCCAUUCUGAGCAGAUGCUGAGCCUCACACCAGCUAAGCCCAUCAAAGUCUCUGACAUCUACCUGAGCAAGGAGCAGAUCAACUCCCAGACGCCUGGGAACCUCCUCCACGUCUUCUUCACCAAUGUCCGGCCCCCCAAAAAGGUGCUGGAGGACCAGCUCACCCAGAUCCUGAGGAAGUACGGCGUGCCGAAGCCCAAGUUCGACAAGAGCAAGUACGGCAGGGCCGGGAAGGAGCAGCACCCCGUGAAGGUGGUGAGCACCAAACGGCCCGUCUCCAAGCCACCGGCCAAGGACAAGGCCGCGCUCAACAGCGUCAGCAGGACUGCCUUAAGUGAGAAGAAGCCGACGGUAAAGCCCAAGUCCCCGGAGAAGAGCAAGCCAGAUGAAAAGGACCCAGAAAAGUCACCAACCAAAAAGCAAGAAGUCCCUGAGGAAAAAUAUCUGACCUUGGAAGGAUUCCACAAGUUUGUGAUUGACCGAGCCAAGCAAGACAUCCGCAGCGUCUGGAGGGCUAUUCUCUCCUGUGGUUAUGACCUUCAUUUUGAGAGGUGUGCCUGUAUUGACGUCCGCCAUGCUCAGAAGGCCUCGAGGAAGUGGACCCUGGAGAUGGAUGUGGCGCUCGUGCAGUAUAUCAAUCGGCUGUGCCGCCACCUCGCCAUCACGCCCGCACGGCUCCAUCCCCAUGAGGUGUAUCUGGACCCUGCGGACACCGCCGACCCCAGAGUGGCCUGUCUCUUGAACGUGCCCAUCGAGAGCCUGCGCCUACGCUUCGCCCUGCUGCAGUCCCUGAACACCACGCUGGAGACCUUCUUUCUGCCCCUGGUGGAGCUGCGCCAGACACCCAUGUACACCCACAGCAUCGCAGCCCUGCUGAAGGAGGCCAAAGGGCUGAUCUUUUAUGACACAAAGGUGACCGUAAUGAACCGGGUGCUGAAUGCCACUGUGCAGAGGACAGCUGACCACGCGGCACCUGAGAUCACCUUGGACCCUCUGGAAAUCGUGGGAGGGGAAAUCCGAGCAUCCGAAAACUCUUACUUCUGCCAAGCUGCUAGGCAGCUGGCCUCAGUGCCAUCAUCUCAGCUUUGCGUCAAACUGGCCAGUGGCGGUGACCCCACGUACGCCUUCAACAUCCGUUUCAUCGGGGAAGAGGUCCAUGGCACCAGUGGCUCUUUCCGCCACUUCCUGUGGCAGGUGUGCAAAGAACUGCAGAGCUCUGCACUCUCCCUGCUCCUGCUCUGCCCCAGCUCGGCCGUCAAUAAGAACAAGGGCAAGUGCAUCCUAACGCCAAGCCCCAUCACCUACGGGGAGGAGCAGCUGCUUCACUUCCUGGGACAGCUGUUGGGGAUUGCCAUUCGAGCUGAUGUCCCUCUUCCCUUGGACCUCCUGCCCUCGUUCUGGAAGACGCUGGUUGGGGAGCCCCUGGACCCUGACCUGGACCUGAAGGAAGCAGACAUACUCACCUACAAUUAUGUCAAGAAAUUCGAGAGUAUCAAUGACGAGACGGAGCUGGAGGUGCUGUGUGCUGAGAUCGCCUCCCAGCACCUCGCCUCCGAGAGCCCCGAGAGCCCCAGCAGGCCCUGCUGCAGAUUCACCUACCCGACCAUGACCGGCGAGGAGGUGGAGCUCUGCAGCCGUGGCCGGCACAUCCCCGUGGCGUGGGAGAACAAGGACAUCUAUGCAGCGGCCAUCCGGAGUCUGCGGCUGCGUGAGCUGCAGAACGUCGAGUGCGUGACCGCCGUGCGGGCCGGCCUAGGCACCAUCAUCCCCCUGCAGCUCCUUACCACGCUCAGCCCGCUGGAGAUGGAGCUGCGCACCUGCGGCCUCCCUUACAUCAGCCUCGAGUUCCUGAAGGCCCACACCAUGUACCAGGUGGGGCUGAUGGAGACAGACCAGCACAUCGAAUUCUUCUGGGGGGCGCUGGAGCUGUUUGCCCAGGAGGAGCUGUGCAAGUUCAUCAAGUUUGCCUGCAAUCAGGAGCGCAUCCCGUUCACCUGCCCCUGCAAGGAUGGGGGCCCCGACACAGCCCAUGUCCCCCCGUACCCCAUGAAGAUUGCCCCCCCAGAUGGCACAGCAGGUUCCCCAGACUCCCGCUACAUCCGAGUGGAGACCUGCAUGUUCAUGAUCAAACUUCCCCAGUACUCCUCUCUGGAAAUCAUGCUGGAGAAACUUCGUUGUGCCAUUCACUACCGCGAAGACCCCCUAAGUGGCUGA